AUAGAGAAUAAUUUACAAACUUUAACGAAAUUGCUACACUGUCCUAAUUUUGUCCCUAAAUUCCUUUAAAAGAUGGUGAGAAGAUGGAUCAAGGAUCGGUUGUUUCAGACAUUGAUACCUUUGUUAGAUCUCCUCCAGAUAGUGAAAAUGUUGACCAAGCACCAGUCAGUGAUUCUAUACAACCACCAGGUUCUAAACAAAAAAACCCCCACAGACCAUGUCCGUUUUGUGGAGUUCUUCAAAGUAGACUCAGCAGGCACAUGUUGACUAAACACAAAGAUACCCCUGACAUUGUACGUGCUUUAAAACUUCCUGAAAAAGAAAAAUAAAAGGUCUUAACAAAGCUAAGGUUACAAGGAAUUUACAAGCACAAUGAACACUUCAUAAAGAGUGGUAAGACCUCGGAGUUGAUGACCCAGAGAAAGCUAAACGAAGAGACGCCCCUUGUAGUUUGCAGUUGCUGUAAAGGGUACUAUAGCAGACUUUUUUUUUGGCACCACAAAAAAGCAUGCAACAAAGAUUCAAUUGAAAUGGCAUCACCGUUACCAACCUCCCUCUUUAGACCCCUACCCAGUUUUGUCUCUGAUGAAUUUAAAUUCCAAAUUUUGAAACGAUUUCGUGAUGGUGAGAUUGGAGCUUGCUGCAGAGAAGAUCCAAUUAUUUGCCUGUUUGGGAAAACGCUCUACACAAAAAUGAAAAGAAAACAAGAUAAACAUGUUGAGGUACAGAAAUCAGUGAUGUCAGAUAUGAGGAAGGUUGCUACUCUAUACCUUGAGUUUAAAAAUUUGAAAGAUGAGUAUGAACUGACGGCAGAUGCAGGAGAAAUGUUAGUGAGAAAAAACUUCAACUAUCUUCAUGAAGCAGUUGAUAAAGUGACCUCUUGUACAGAUAAGGAAGACAUGAAGGGUAGACCAAACAGCCAAAUCAAAGCAGGGUUAAAGAUUUCUUUGCUGUAUUUGAUUUAAAAAAUGGCUAAAGUAGUGCAAGGAUAUUACCUAGUUAAACAAGAAGAUGAGAAAGCAAAUGAAAUUGAGAAAUUCGUGCGUGUACUUAACCACAACAAAGAUUUUGUGUUUGGUGAUGCCAUCUAUGCCCUAAACAAAUUGAAGCAAGUCAAUCUCAGGAAACCCGACCAACUUCCCCUUGAAUCUGAUGUGAAAAUGGUUCGAGACUAUACAAUCACAUCAAUGAAAAAAAUGCUUCAAAACAAGUCACUCAUUUGGUCAUCAAAUGAGUUUGUUCGACUUCGUGAUCUAGCUGCUUCAAGGAUAACAUUAUUUAAUGCCCGCAGAGGUUGGGAGCCAGCAAGGCUUGUACUAACAGAAUGGAAAGAAGCGGAACAAGGCUCUUGGCUCGAUAGGCAGGUUCUAAAUCAUCUUGCAAAAUCCGAAUUGAAGUGUUUCCAUCAAAUGAAAGUGACAUUCCAGAUGUGAAAGGGGAAUGAUCACAUGGUUCCAGUUCUAAUCCCAUUCGAUACAAUUGAUGCUAUGAAGAAACUUGCAGAUCCUAGAGUUCGUGACGCAGCAACAGUACAGAAAGACAAUCAGUAUAUGUUUCCGUGUAUCCAAUACAGCCAUAGCCACAUUAGCGGAUGGCACAGUGUGCAUAAGGUCUGUCUUAAUGCAAAUGUAGACCAACCAGAAAGAAUGACCGCUACAGCAAUGAGACAUAGGGCGAGCACCCUAUAUGCUGGCAUGGAUGUCCCAGAAAAAGAAAGAAAAUUAUUCUACAAGCAUAUGGGACACUCAGCACUAGUAAAUUCGAAUGUUUACCAAACACCAAUGGCGAUUGAUGAGGUACGUCACAUAGGAAAAAGGCUUCAGCAAAUGGAUAGCCAAAAACAUUCAUGCAAAGAUACAUCCAUGAAUAUGGAAGAAUCGGAAGAAUCUGAUGAUGACAACAGUCUCAUGAUCAAAAGGACACAGACAAGCAAAGAUACAUCCAUGAAUAUGGGAGAAUCAGAAGAAUCUGAUGAUGAUGACAACAAUCUCAUAAUCAAAAGGACACAGACAAGUAACACAGAGACUGAUGCCAUAGGUAAAAGAAGACAGUGUACAAGAGCUUCUAGACCCUAUACCAGAUGGUCUAAGCAAAACACAACAAUUGUUGUUAAAUACUUCAGGAAAUGGAUUGAUGGUGACUGUCUUCCAAGAAAGAAAGAAAUCCAACUGUUUAUGACGAGAAAUCCGACUCUCAAAGUAACUAGCUGGCAGGUGAUCCGUACAAAGGUGUUAAAUGAGCAGCGUGCUGCAAAUAAGCGCCUGCAAAAACAUCUUAGAAAUGUUCAAGAAUAAAGAUCAAUAAGAAAGUACUUAUAAUCAAGUAUUAGUAUUGUUCAAAGCUUUAGUGAUAUUGAUUACUGUACUUCCAUACGGUUAAUGUUACAGAUAUUUGGUGGAUGCUGAAAACUUUUUUGAGAUUUGUAUAUUUAAUGGUGGAUUUAAUUUCACCUGGGUGAUUGUUGUUGCUAUUUAGUUGUGGCCUUGCUCAAAACUGUUGUUUUGAGCAGGGCUACAACUGAUCAGCGGUGGUAGGCUUUGAUGGAAUCGGGUCUAUAAUUAAAUACUUAAUUAAGGUGUUUUUGUUUUAUUACCAGUGAAAUUAGGCAAUGACAGCAAAGUUUGUUUCCAACCCAUUAUGAGAAGCCACCCUAUUCAAAUGAUUUUAUCGCAAAACAUUUUUAGUUUUACUUUUUGUGGAUGCUGCAGCGUUUUGUUGUAUGAAUAAAUACAUAUUUUAGAAUAUGUAUAGUACAGUUAUCCCAGGAGUAAAAGAAAAAGUUGUUAUAAUAAAUUUCUCAUUCAGGUUGUA